AAAUGCCAGGACUCUUAAAUGCAAGUAAACAAAAUGAUUUGUUAAUGUUGUAUGUUGUCUCUUAAAUGGGCACUCCAUGAUAUGCUUAAAGCUUGGUGUUGCGCUUUGAAAUAUAUAAGGGUAAACUUUGGAGAGUUAAAACAAGCAUGUGUUCAUAUUUGUUAUAGCUAAACUUAAGAAUGUUACCGAUACAGAAGUAUACACUCAACCUAGUUCUUAUCUUACUGUGGACAUUACGUGUGACAGGCAAAGAGUUGUAUAGCCCGGGUGUUCCAGACUGGCGGAAUAAAUCAUGUGAAGAACGUGUAGACUACACCCAAUAUGACCUUGUUAGAGAAGGGUUUUUCGUGGCAAGUGAGAGGCAAAUUUUAUUCGAAACUAAAGGAAAACGUGACGCCCACAUUAUACUGCAAAAUGAGCCAGAAGAAUAUUCAAGCAAUGUUUACGAAGUUGUGCUCGGGUCAGCGCAAAACAGCAUGUCGGUUUUGCGAUUAAGUUGUCACGGACCAAGAAUCGACAACCUGGAGACCCCAGGUAUCCUUAAUGAGACAGAAUAUAGGCCGUUUUGGAUAACAUGGAAUACUAUUUUGGCGAUUGGAAGAGGAACAAAGAUUAAUAUUAGCAGAAUAAUUUUGUUUACACGCUUGGACUUUCCAAUCAAUUCGAUGCGAAUCAGUUAUGGAUGGGGCAGUGUCGGUUUCUUCAGAUUUCAUGACAAAUAUGCUGAUUCUCGCCAUCAAACGACGAUAUCGAGGAAAGAAACGACUGAUAUUAGAUCAACUAAGAAUUGUUCGACAGAUGCGUUGCUUCCAGGAAGAGGGACCACCAUUUCAAAACAGGACACGGACAAACCAGCCUUUAUUGUGGUUGCUCUUUCCACAUCAACUGGUUGUCUUGGCUUUAUGAUUUUGUCAGCAUUAUUUUUUUGGUGCUUAUGGAACAAGAGAAAAACAAAUGGAAUGGGGACUCAUUCACAGCCUUAUUCAGUUGGUGGAGAACAUUACGAGGGGUUGCGCGGGAGAGAACAGGAAGCAGUAUACCAAAAUGAGGAACAUUACGCUUGUGUGUCAGUUUAACACCAUUGAUGAAAUAUGACAACUUUGCUAUUACUACAUAUAAUUCAUGUUAUUAAAGGCAUUGUUUGAUAGACUAGCUUUAUAUGCUAUACGCGUUUUUGAAAGAGACUCAUAGGUUAAACAUUCGAUUUAUGAAACUGUUUAUAACACACGUAAUUUGACGAUGACGUUAGCAAAUACACAUAUGGCACAUCCAGAAGAAGCAGGCCAUGCUUAAUGUCACUUGCGAUAUAAAACAUUCCGUUGACCAAAUUAAUCACAAAUUGAUAGCUUAUGCAUCAUUUUCAGCACAUACUGUGAAACAGGCUAUACAAGGAAUGACAAAUUAAAUGAAGGUUUACGUGAACACAAAACGUAUGAAGGUCUGUGUGUUUAUAUUGCUAACGAUGAAGAACGUUCUUUGUAUAGAUUGUUCGUUAUUUUAGGAUUGUUUUAUGUAUUGCUUUAUGUCUACGGUAAAAUAUGUCUAGAUAUCAAUAUUUGGUAAGUGUUUUCAAGAUAGUAUAUCCAAUUUAAAAUACAAUGGCACAGAUAAUAAUUCAUAAUAUUCUUUCGUAAAAAUGUGUUUUUUGCCUAUAGUAUGCUUAUAGUAUGCACCCGUUUCCGUACCAUUCGUUUGUCCUAGAAUUAUUUUUUUUAACUUGAAGACGUACUGAUAUCAACGUUUGAUAUUUUAAUUACAUUUCACCCAUACAUAUUAAUUGUCUCAUCAUUGACGGACAUUUGGAAGUCCACUCAACACAUUUGUUAUCGUUUCAUUCACUUUAAAAUCAAUAUAACCAAGUCAAGGUAAUUGCUCUCUCUCUUUCUCUCUCUCUCUCUCUCUCUCUCUCUCUCUCUCUCAGAUUGAUAUAAAGCUGAUAUAAACAUAAUAAAUGACAUAUGGUUUUACACGGAGAGCUAUUGUCAAUAUAUUACAUUUUAUGUUAAGUUGUUGUUUUUUUCGUUCGUUCGUUCGUGCAUAACAAAAAACUCACGUCUUGUCAAAAUAUUCUUGGUUGCCAAAAUUGCAUACAUGUACAAAAGCCAUUAGAUAUUUCGUAAAUUCGAUCACGGGUCUUGUUCACUUAUUUUAAAUACAUUUUGCUUGUAAUAUUAAUUGAGUAUUUUAAUGGAUGAUGUCAUCUUCAAUAAACAUUCUUUGCCAUAAAUGAAAUACUUUUGUUUUAUUGUCUUUGCUACUUAUUCCCAUUUAUGUCUUGAA